UGGGGAAGUCGGUAUGGUUGAUAUCCAAGACAUCAAAAGUGCCGAGAACUUGUACUUGUGUUGUUGCCGAUUGAUCAUUAACGUAGCCUCGAACGCUUCCUUGCAAACUCCUACCCAAUUCUCAAUCAAACACCAUCAUGUCAGGACGAAGAGACUUCCAAAAAGAACAGCUCAAAGCGUUAGUAUUUGACCUCAUGGGAACAUGCUGUGACUGGCACUCAAGUCUCCUCCCGUCUCUUCAAGCAAGCCCUACUUUGGAACAGCUUCCAAGUUCAGAGCUCUCAAAAUUUGCGAACGACUGGCGAGCUGGCUUCUUUGCCGAAAUCCAUGCUCGUUUCCAAGCUAGAGAUCCUACUGAAGACAUUGAUAUCACGCAUCGCCGACUUCUGGAUCGCUUGUUAAGUGCUCGUGGUGUUGACUUGAAGAUAUGGGAUGAAGAUGUAAGGCAGAAGUUGGUCGAUCAGUGGCAUUUCCAAAUUGGGUGGCCAGAUGCUCUUCCUGCUCUCUCCAGGCUGCGUGAAAAAAACUUCCUUGUUGUUCUCGCCAAUGGGACUACAAGACUGCAGCUUGACAUUGCAAAGUACUCAGGCCUUCCUUUCCAUGCACUGUUUUCUUCUCAACUUCUAGGCCUUACGAAGCCUGAUCCAGCGAUCUAUGUGAAGGCGAUGGAGCUUAUGCAACUGAGACCAGAGGAAUGUGCAAUAGUUGCAGCUCAUGCUUAUGAUCUUAGAGCUGCCAAGAAGUUGGGUAUGGGAACUAUAUACAUUCAGCGUGCAACUGAGGAUUUGGAUGAGGAUAUGACUGCGAUCAGAGAGGAAGUAGAUCUUUUUAUCGAUGGGACAGGUGGAAAUGUAUCUUCUGGCCUAGGAGAAUUGGCUGAUAUGCUGGGCUAUGGUGUUUCCAUACAUCAAUCACGUGCACAUUAGAGUUAUCGCCCCUAACCCUACCUACCUAGGUAUCUAGCUAAGCAGCAGCUGUAGCACAAUUCCAGCUCUCAGCGUGUCAAGCAAAGAAGAUUCUUUGCCUUUGCAGUAUUACCUUGAGAUCUGAUAGAUGGUCGGAAUUUGGAUGAAAAAUGCGGAACACUCCAAUUCGUACCUCUACAAUGUUUGCUCGAUUUCGCCAGGCGGUGUGACGGCUAGAGUAAGGUCAUAUCCAUGAGCGAAUAGUCGAACCCCAACAUGAAUACACACGAAGUUUUGAUAGAUAUGAAGACUCG